AUGGCGGGCGGAACUUCUUUCAGAGCGUUAUACGCUCUAGUCGUGUCUCUCGCUCUUCUGACAGCUCUAUGUGCAGCUGAUGCUGUCGGUGACCUUCAGACAAAAGGGCGUGCAGCAGUCGAUGCCCAGCUUGCCAAAUCAAAGACUUGUACCAAAGACAAGCUUCAGGUGCGGAAAGAGUGGGGUGACAUUACUACCGCCGAGAAGAAGGCAUACAUUGCUGCCGUACUGUGCCUUACCAAAGCACCAUCAAAGUUGAGUGCAACGACAUACCCUGGGGCCAAAUCUCGAUAUGACGACUUCGUGGCCAUCCACAUGAAGAAUACGCUUACUAUCCAUGGCACUGGUAACUUCCUCUCGUGGCAUCGUUACUACACUUGGGCGUACGAGCAAGCCUUAAGGAACGAAUGUAACUAUAACGGUACCCAGCCAUACUGGGAUUGGGGUAGAUGGGCUACGUCCCCAGAGACAUCACCUAUCUUCGACGGUAGCGAUACCAGUAUGAGCGGCCAAGGCAUAAAGGUUACUCAUCAGAGUAAUGGUAUCAAGCCUGCUGGCAAUGGCGGUGGAUGCAUUGAGAAAGGCCCGUUCAAAGAUAUGCAGGUCAAUCUUGGUCCAUUGGCGGCCAUGGGUGACACAACACCACCACGAAAUCCACGAACCGAUGGGUUUGGCUACAAUCCUCGUUGCAUCAAGCGCGAUAUCUCUGGUUAUCUCACUCAACGAGAUGCUACGACCGCUAAGAUUGCAUCUCUUAUCACAGGCUCUGCCAACAUCAACGCAUUCCAAACCAAGAUGCAAGCAGGAGACGGUGUUCACCCCGCAGGACACUUCACCAUCUCCGGAGAUCCUGGUUCGGACUUUUAUGUCAGUCCAGGUGAUCCAGCGUUCUACCUCCAUCACGGUCAAGUCGAUCGGGUGUGGUACAUCUGGCAAACUCAGGAUUUCGCCAAUAGGCAGCAGGUCAUCGCCGGCGGCACGAGCAUGAUGGGAGGCGGAAAGCAGCAGUCCUUGGAGGAUCUUGUCGAUCUGGAUGUCCUCAAUGUUGGAGGUAAAGGUUACAAGAUCAAGGAGCUGGUCAGCACUGUUGACGGUCCGUUCUGUUACGUAUAUGAGUAA